CUCUGCCUGUUCCACACCGGGCGGUGACGCACAAGCGGCAGCUAGUGUCAGGUGUCUCAAGGUUUCACAAAAAGAGUGACUCAACGGAAGUUCGGACAGUAUUCAGACACGGUCUAAAGAUGGAUAGUGGUCCCUUCAGUCGACGGAACUGGGCGGCUCAGUCCUUGCGAGUCACUGCGAAGGAGCUGUCACUCAGCGGGCGAGGGAAGAACAAUGCCAUCGCUGAACGCUUCUCCAAGUAUCAAAAAGCUGCUGAAGUGUCAACUGCGGAGAAGAAAAAAGGAUCUUCUGACAGUGUGAAAUCCUCCCUGCGGGCAGGCAGCCUCAGUGCUCUGAAGAAGCGCUGGGAGCAGGCACAGAACAAGCCGUCCUCCGUCCCAACUCCCAGCCAGCCCACACCUCGCAGCAGGCCUCCUGCUCUGGCCAGGCCUGCCUCUAUCACCGAGCACGGCCCUCCAUUAAAGAGCCCUGGGGUGCCACCUGCUCAGGGAGAUCAUCUUACAAUCGGUGUCGUCCAGAAGCCCGCGGCAGCUCCAGAGGCAUCCAAAAGUGAAGAGCAAACAGAGAUGGAGAGGGAUGUGAUGACACACCGUGAAAGACCUGAAAAACUUGAAGAGCAAGUUCCAACCAGCCCCUGUGCCUCUUAUGAAAAACCCAGAGUGCCACUAAAUAACCUGAAGAUGAAGUUUGAGAGGGGAGAGGAGACCACGGGCAAGGCUGGCAGGACAACCCUUCGCAGUACUUCAUCAGAGGAAAUGGACCAACAUGGAGAAUACAGUCCUGCUUUAGGUCUGACUGCGCAUGACAGAGUGUUGGACUCCACAUCCAUGAGGGACAAGAUGGCCAAGUAUCAGGCUGCUGUUUCUAAACAAGGCCCCACCAGCUCUGGUCUGGCCGCAGAGGUGCCUGCUCCAAAAACAUCUGCACCUUUGGUUCAGAAACACACUCCUGCACCUGAGUGCAAUGGGGAGAGCAGCAGUGAGCAACCCAAAGCACCUCGGAAGUUCAGCCCACCGGUGAGGGAGACGUGCAUUGCUUGCCUGAAGACGGUGUACCCGUUGGAGAGACUGGUCGUUCUUCAGCAUGUCUACCACAAGAGUUGCUUCCGCUGUGUUCACUGCAGCACAACGCUCAGUCUUGGGAACUACGCCUCUCUGCAUGGCAACAUCUACUGUAAGCCCCAUUUCAGCCAGCUAUUCAAAGCUAAAGGCAACUAUGAUGAGGGCUUCGGCCAUCGGCCUCACAAGGAGCUGUGGGAGCCUCGAGCUGAUGGAGAGGAAGGUGAGGAAGUAUUGACACCGAAGGAGGAAGUGGCACCAGCAGCGGUGACGCGUCCAGCUGAGAACGUCCCAGAGAAACCGGUGCCCCCGGCUGGGGAAACAUCUCAGCAGGUGAAGGUAACAGACCUGACUGCCAGACUGGAGACACGUGUGCAGACACAUGUCAGGGCUGAUGAGACGCCUGAGUCUGCAGAGAAGCCUGCGGAGAAACGCAGGCUGAGGGUUGCCUGGCCUCCCCCGGCUGGUGAGGCCCCCUCUGGGACAGAAGCACUUAGUCCAGUCACAGAGGGAGUUUCUUCAAGCCGACCCUGGAGAGCCAAGUGGCCCCCGGGGGACGAGGUGCCAUCAUCCUUCCAGAGCUCAGAUCGGGCUGAGCUGAAGAGCCUGAGAAGGAGCUCUUCUCUAAAGGAGCGCAUUCGUCCUUUCACAGUCGCAGCUAAGCCCCGCUCCGCAGCCCCUCCAGAGCCCAGGGAACUUCGUCGCCCUCUCAAAUCCCUGCUGGAUUGGAGAGCAUCAUUCGAGGAAAAACAAUCCUCUGAAGAACCAGCAGUGGAGAAGAAGCCAGAGCCUCAGAAGCUGAAACAGCAGAAAAAGAAAGAAGAGUCAUUGCCUCGAAUACUGAGUGAAGAUGAAGAAAAUACAAGUGGUGCCAUCGCAGACGAGGCUGUGGAGACCGAGCCGCUUGAAGAAAGGGACAAACCAGUUCAGAGAGAAACCCCAGCAGCAGCAGCAGGCGCAGACAAGAAGGUGGCAGGAGAAAGCUCUCUGAGAAGCAACUCCACGGAAAUCUCCCCGUCCAACUCUCCACCUCCACAGCCAAAGCAGGACCGUGCCUCAGAGGAUGUCGGCUUCUGGGAGGAAGACAAAGAAGGAAGUGACACCGAGGAGCUGAGUGCGGAGGAUAUGAUCAAGAGGAACCGCUACUAUGACGACUCUGACUCUGACUCUUAGGGACAUCCUACAGUCACUUCCAGCCACCUUAUAACACUUUCUCAGUUUUGUAUAUUCAGUUUCUAGGUAGAUCACAAAUGUAGCUUUGCCAGAUUUUAUAGUGUUAUAGGAGAGUUGCGAAAAAUGUGGAAUAGGUGUGCGUAUGUGUUUUUAUAUUCGAUAACUGCCUUUUAAUUGUUAAAUUACAAAAGUUUGAUUUUCCUUUUUUACAAUUUAAUUAUAUACUGUUAAAUAUCUAAUCAAGCCUUAUACGAAUCCUGAUUAUACUGGAAGGUGGGCCUUUAUGCAUUAAUUAUAUUUUUGUUUUAUUUUCGCAUGUAUUUGUCAGAGGCGAGUUUAGAAAUAGGGGCGGGAGGGAGGGAGGGAGGUGCAGGGGGGUCUGAAAUGUCCCAUGGUUGGAAUCAAACCUGGGACGUUCUUUAACUCCUCCAAAGCACUCCAGGCCUUUAUUUAAUUGAAUCAUCUCUGGAUAAUUUUAUGCACCAUCAUUUUAUUUGUAGGUGAUGUGUCUAAAAAGCCUUGAACUUUAGGCAGUGCGCUUUAAUGACAUUCAGCUAAACAGUUUUGCACUUUCUUAAAAGCAGACCAAAUUAUUUUAUACCAAAAAGCACACACCAAGAUGUUUCAGGGAGUCAAUUUCUGGGGGUUUUGUAGCUCAGUUUUCUAACAAAGUGCCUCAAUUUAAAUUGUCUUUUGAAGAAGCAAACACACAUUAGCCACAUGACAAUGCUCUGUAUUCGAUUUUAGCAAUCCUAAAUCAUCAAAAUUACUUUAAAAAUAACUGGAAAUGUUAAAAUACUUUAUAUCAAACAAUAGCGGUCUACUGAUUUGACUGUUAUAGAGCCUUCAUCACUAAACCUGAAUAACAGCAUCCUGCAGGGGGCUCUCUCGUUUGGUGAAUAAUUGACCUGUUGCUGAACUCGUCUAAUCACCAUAGCAACAAUAGGAGGAGAAAAUAUGAUUAGUCAACGUUUCUACGACAGCUAUAUUUAAGUCUAAAUAACGUAUCCUUGGGCCUCUUGGAUUUGUGUUUAACAUUUCCAAAUGUGAUCCACUUUAUAUGGUUUGUAAAAUGUUUUGUAUUUUGAAAUGUUCGCCCUGCAGAAUAUUUUUUCAUACUUUUUAUAAUGACAUAAAGGGCUUUACCGUCUCAAAUGUUGUUGAAACAUAAUUCAAAUAAAUCGAAAUGGAGUUUGCA